AUGUUGGAUCAUCCCUGCUCAGCGGCCGUAGAGGAUGUCUUCGGCCCAACUGUAGCUCCGUCUUGUCUUCAUGGCUUCGAUUUCACCCUCCUGUUCGAGGAAAGCAUCCUCACUCUUGUCCCAAUUGGCCUUGUUUGUUUGGCCGCGUCUUUUCGCGCUUGGAAGCUCCGUCAUGCGUCUGAAAAGGUCAAUCGGUCAUGGCUGUACGCUGCGAAGGAGCUGUCUUGGCUGUUCUACACCGCGUGCCAUGUUUCGUUGCUGAUCAUUUUAUUUCAACUGGAUACUCCCAAAACGAGAGCGACCAUAGGCACAACACUUGUGACCGUGCUCACUUCUCUCUUUUUGCUUUUCUUCUCUCAUCUUGAGCACCUUCGCUCAAUACGGCCAUCAACAAUCCUCAAUGUCUUCCUCGGCUUUACCUUGCUAUUUGACCUUGCACGCCUCCGUACUCUUUAUUUCAUGUCCAACCAAACUGUGACUAGUUUGUUUGCUGUCAGCUGGGUGAUCAAAGCAAUCAUUUUGGUUUUCGAAGCGACAGAAAAAAGACAGUUGCUCAAGAAGGCAUAUGAAAACAGCCCGAUCGAAUCAACCAGUGGUGUUAUUAAUCGAGCGCUAUUCUGGUGGCUGAGAGACCUCCUUUGGCGAGGGUCAAAGACCACUUUAACAGUGGAUAGCUUACCCUCUCUAGACGAUGACCUCAAGAAUGCCUCGAAUUCUCAAUCCCUCUUUGAAAGAUGGGAUAAAGCCGACAAAUACCGUUCAAACGCACUUCUGUGGACCUUUGUCUCACAUUACAAAUGGGCGUUCCUGGAAGGUGUUAUUCCUCGGCUUGCGUAUACAGGAUUUUGCUUCGCGCAGCCUUUCCUCGUGGAGCGCGUCCUUGAUUUUAUGACUGAACCGGAGCAUGUCAACUCAACCAACUACGCAUAUGGGCUCAUCGGCGCCUAUGCUAUUGUGUACAUCGGCAUCGCAGUAUCAUAUGCUGCCUAUGAACACAAAACCUUCCGUGUUAUCACUAUGGUCCGGGGAAGCUUGGUAACAAUGAUCUUCGAGAAAACACUGCGGAUGAGCACAUCUGCUGUUUCAGAUGCCGCGGCUAUUACCUUGAUGAGCACUGACAUUGAGCGCAUUGGAUUUGGCCUAGUAGAUAUGCAUGAGACAUACUCAAACAUCACAGAGGUCGCAUUGGCUUUGUGGUUGCUGGCAAGACUCUUGAACAUUGCAACAAUCGCAUCUACGGUGGUAGUUGUCAUAUGUCUCAUUGCUGGUAUCCCUUUGGCGGUGGUUUCAGGUAAUGCGCAGGGAACAUGGCUUGAAGCUGUCGAAGAGCGCGUGGCGGUCACCUCAAAGGUCCUCGGGGUAAUGAAGAACAUCAAGAUGACAGGCCUUACAGAGACCAUCUCCAGAAGCCUUCGAGAUCUGCGAGCUGCGGAAAUUGAGGCUUCAUUUAUGUUCCGACUCCUUGGAGUUAUAAGGCUCACACUUGGCUAUGCCUCUACUACCCUGGCGCCCGUGUUUGGCUUUGGUGCCUACAUACUACUUGCCCAGGCCAACGACACAGCUACUCUAACCAACGGCGUGGCGUUUUCUGCACUGACUCUAUUUGCUUUAUUGGAUCAACCAAUGGUCUCUAUCGUGGAUGGCUCGGAGGACUUUAUGGCAGUUGUCAAUUGUUUCCAGCGGAUUCAAAAACAUUUGCUAGAGACAGAAAGAAAUGACUACCGAUUAAAGCACAGAUCAUAUCAACACAGCGCGCCCCCUCUGAUCGAAGUUGAUUCCUUGGCCCAGAGCCAGAGCAAUGAACCUUGCGCUAUCAUCCGAAACUUGUCUGCAGCCUGGUCAAUUGACGAUGAGCCCGUGUUGAAAGACUUGAACAUUGACAUCCAAGCCUCAAAGAUUACAAUGAUUGUUGGGCCAGUCGGAUGCGGAAAAUCCACUUUCUUGAAAACCCUCAUGGGAGAGAUCCCAGAAUGCUCUGGCUCAAUUUCGACCAGCUUCACCAAUGCUGCAUAUUGUAACCAAUCACCAUGGAUUACAUUCGGAACUCUCCAGGAAAAUAUUGUUGGGGCAUCACCAUGGGACCGAACUCGGUACGACCAGGUUAUUCAGUCCUGCGCUUUGCAGGUCGACCUUCAACAGCUUCCUAUGGGUGAUCAGACCAAAGUUGGUGUUCGUGGAUCUCGACUGAGUGGUGGGCAACAAAUGCGUGUCGCACUUGCACGGGCGCUCUAUUCAAAUGCGCCGAUUCUCAUUUUGGAUGAUGUUUUAACGGGUUUGGAUCGUGAGACGGAGAAAAAUAUUCUGGAGAUCGUCUUUUCUCAACAUGGUUCUAUCAAGCAGUCCCAUCAAACAGUAAUUAUGGCGACCAAUUCGGCUCAUCAUCUCGCCUAUGCGGACCAUAUCAUCGCUCUCGAUGAGAAUGGAAGACUUCUCGAGCAUGGGUCUUAUAGCGAGCUCGUCAGCGCCCAGGGCUAUGUCAGUACCCUGUCUGAAAGUUCUCACACAGCCAGCACCACCCGAGCCCCGGAUAUCGUGCUCGAUGACGAAACCCUCCAAGGGUUGGCCACUUCUGUCACUGUUCCUUAUAUGCUGUCUCCUAUUCGUCCUGGGUCUCAGCUUUCCACAUAUGGCUGCAGUGGUGGACUCGUGCGAAUGAGCAACACCCAAAUGCACAUGUUUGGUAUUGGCUAA